AUGGCUAGCUUCGUGCAGGAUCUUUGGGAGUCCAUUUUCACCCCUGGUGCAACACCGACACUCUUAGUUGCGACCAAUGCCACCUUUGCCUGCCUCCAGCUCGUCCUUCUUCUCCUAUUAGUCGCAACAUAUAGUAUCCAUUUUAUAAUACUGUCAUUCUUGUGUGGAGGGCUCUGGUGGGCUAUCAACUGGUUUGCGGCCGAGUUGAGGGUCGCCCAAGUAAAGGAGGCCAGGGAGAAGGCACGUUCUGAACGAGCUGCGGCAGCAAAAUCCUCGGACGACAGCGAGACCGAAGUAGAGACUACUUUUAUUCCAAAAAGUAAACCAACAUUGGCAAGCAAAGAGGUCGAGGUUAAGGAACAGAUAGGGGAGUUAAAGCUCCGUGCAGAACCCUCAUCCUCGUCGGGAACAAAAUCUAGUGCCAGUACAGAGGACGAAUGGGAAAAGGUAUCCGAGAAUGAAAACGAGAAGGACAAAUGA